GGACUCGGAGCCCGAGGGAACGAGCGGCGUGCAGGCGGACGGGGCCCGGGCGCGCUUCGGGGGCGCGGCGAGGCCGAGGGGGCGGGCGCCGGGCGGAGCCGGAGUCGGAGCCGGGGUGCCUGGAGGCGAUCUGGCCGCACUUUGCGAUCUCAGGGCAGCGCGGACCCCGCGCGGCGAGGGUCGAAGCCGGAGCGUAGUCCCGGAGCUGAGGUGGGCCGAGCGGAGCCGCAGCUCGAGCAGCGGGAGCCUUGCGGAGAGCCUCCCCGGGGACGCCGAGGCCGGGCGGGCCCGAGCCAUGCGCGCCGCUCGCUGAGGCCCAGAGAGGCCGAGAUGGAGGCGCCGACUGCCGAGCCCCCAGCCCGGGGCUGCGGUCCCGUGCCCGCUCCGGCCUCUGAGAGGAAGAAGAGCCACCGCGCGCCGUCACCGGCCCGGCCCAAGGACGUGGCCGGCUGGUCGCUGGCCAAGGGCCGCCGCGGCCCAGGCCCUGGUGCCGCCGCCGCCUGCAGCGCCGCAUCCUCCGCGCGGCCGGACAAGAAGGGGCGCGCGGUGGCACCCGGGGCACGGGUGGCGGGGCCACGGGUGGCAGGGGUCCGGGCCGGGGUUCGGUCCAAGGGCCGCCCGCGUCCGGGGCCCGGGCCGCGCCCGCCGCCCCCACCGCCCAGCCUCACGGACAGUAGCUCUGAGGUGUCGGACUGCGCGUCGGAGGAGGCGCGCUUGCUGGGCCUGGAGCUGGCGCUGAGCAGCGAUGCCGAGUCGGCGGCCGGGGGCCCUGCGGGGGCCAGGCCAGGGCAGCAACCUCAGCCCGCGCUGGCGGCACAGCAACAGCAGCCCCCGCGGCCGCCCGCGUCCCCCGAGGAGCCGUCGAUGGCCGCGUCGUCCGCGGGCAGCAGCCGCUUGCCACUGAGCACCUCGCUCGCCUUCUCCGACCUCACGGAGGAGCUGCUGGACUGCGGCCCCAGCGGCUUCGUGCGGGAACUGGAGGAGCUGCGCUCGGAGAACGACUAUCUCAAGGAUGAGAUCGAAGAGCUUCGGGCCGAGAUGCUGGAGAUGCGUGACGUCUACAUGGAGGAGGAUGUGUAUCAGCUGCAGGAGCUGCGGCAGCAGCUGGACCAGGCCAGCAAGACCUGUCGCAUCCUGCAGUACCGGCUGCGCAAGGCUGAGCGCCGCAGCCUCCGUGCUGCCCAGACGGGCCAGGUGGAUGGCGAGCUCAUCCGUGGCCUGGAGCAGGAUGUCAAGGUCUCCAAGGACAUCUCCAUGCGGCUGCACAAGGAGCUUGAGGUGGUGGAGAAGAAGCGGGCACGGCUGGAGGAGGAGAACGAGGAGCUCCGGCAGCGGCUCAUCGAGACCGAGCUGGCUAAGCAGGUGCUGCAGACGGAGCUGGAGCGGCCUAAAGAGCAUUCCUUGAAGAAAAGAGGAACCCGUUCACUGGGGAAGACAGACAAGAAGCCUUCAGUGCAGGAGGACAGCGCCGACCUCAAGUGCCAGCUGCACUUCGCCAAGGAGGAGUCUGCCCUCAUGUGCAAGAAACUAACGAAGCUGGCCAAGGAGAACGACGGCAUGAAGGAGGAGCUGCUCAAGUACCGCUCGCUCUACGGGGACCUGGACGCUGCGCUGUCCGCCGAGGAGCUGGCCGACGCACCGCAUUCGCGCGAGACCGAGCUCAAGGUGCACCUGAAGCUGGUGGAGGAGGAGGCCAACCUGCUGAGCCGCCGCAUCGUGGAGCUGGAGGUGGAGAACCGCGGCCUGCGCGCCGAGAUGGACGACAUGAAGGACCACGGCGGGGGCUGCUCGGGGCCCGAGGCCCGGCUCGCCUUCUCGGCUCUGGGAGGUGGUGGCGAGUGCGGAGAGAGCCUGGCCGAGCUGCGGAGACACCUGCAGUUUGUGGAAGAGGAGGCGGAACUGCUGCGACGCUCCUCUGCUGAGCUGGAGGACCAGAACAAGCUGCUGCUGGGCGAGCUGGCCAAGUACCGCGCAGAGCACGAACUGGACGUGACUAUGUCGGAGGAUAGCUGCUCCGUGCUCAGCGAGCCUUCGCAGGAAGAGCUGGCGGCCGCCAAGCUGCAGAUUGGCGAGCUCAGUGGCAAGGUGAAGAAGCUCCAAUAUGAGAACCGUGUGCUGCUCUCCAACCUGCAGCGCUGUGACCUGGCCUCAUGCCAGAGCACACGGCCCAUGCUGGAGACGGACGCCGAGGCCGGGGACUCGGCCCAGUGUGUACCCACACCCCCCGGCGAGGUCCCCGAGUCGCAUGCUGGCCGACUCUGCAGAGCCCGGGAGGCCGACGUGCUGCCCGGGCUGCGGGAGCAGGCUGCCCUGCUCAGCAAGGCUAUCGACGUGCUGGCAGCCGACGCCAACGGCUUCUCUGCAGGCCUGCGGCUGUGUCUGGACAAUGAGUGUGCCGACCUGCGGCCGCAUGAAGCCCCGGACAACAGUGAGGGUCCCCGCGACGCCAAGCUCCUGCACGCUCUCCUGGUGCGGCUGGGCGUGUUGCAGCAAGAGCUCAACGCCUUCACACGAAAGGUGGAUGCAGGCCUGGUUGGCUGCGGCAAGGAACAGUCCGAACCCUUCCCAGGGUCGCCCGCCCUGGGCUCCCAGGGGUCCUCCAAGGAGCUUCUUAUAACCAAAGACCUCGGCUCCGACUUCCAGCCGCCUGAUUUCAGGGACCUGCCCGAAUGGGAGCCCCGCAUCCGAGAGGCCUUCCGUGCUGGUGACCUUGACUCCAAGACCGACCCCCACCGGAGCUUUAGGCCUUACCGAGCUGAAGACAAGGACUCCUAUGCCUCUGAGAUCAAGGAGCUGCAGCUGGUGCUGGCCGAGGCCCACGACAGCCUGCGCGGCCUGCAGGAGCAGCUCUCCCAGGAGCGGCAGCUGAGGAAGGAGGAGGCUGACAGCUUCAACCAGAAACUGGCCCAGCUGAAGGAGGACCAGCAGAGGGCGCUGCUGAGGCGGGAGUUUGAGCUGCAGAGCCUAAGCCUGCAACGACGACUGGAGCAGAAGUUCUGGAGCCAGGAGAAGAACAUGCUGGUGCAGGAGUCGCAGCAGUUCAAGCACAACUUCCUGCUACUCUUCAUGAAGCUCCGGUGGUUCCUCAAGCGCUGGCGGCAGGGCAAGGUCUUACCCGGCGAGGGCGAUGACUUCCUCGAGGUGAAUAGCAUGAAGGAGCUGUACCUGCUGAUGGAGGAAGAGGAGAUCAACGCCCAGCAUUCAGAUAACAAGGCCUCCUCGGGGGACAGCUGGACCCAGAACACACCCAACGAGUACAUCAAGACACUGGCUGACAUGAAGGUGACGCUGAAGGAACUGUGCUGGCUGCUCCGGGAUGAGCGCCGUGGCCUCACGGAGCUGCAGCAGCAGUUUGCCAAGGCCAAGGCCACCUGGGAGACAGAGCGGGCGGAGCUCAAGGGUCAUGCCAGCCAGAUGGAGCUGAAGGCUGGGAAGGGUGCCGGAGAGCGGGCAGGGCCUGACUGGAAGGCAGCCCUGCAGAGGGAACGUGAGGAGCAGCAGCACCUGCUGGCCGAGUCCUACAGCGCUGUCAUGGAGCUGACGCGGCAGCUGCAGAUCAGCGAGCGCAACUGGAGCCAGGAGAAGCUGCAGCUGGUGGAGCGGCUGCAGGGUGAGAAGCAGCAGGUGGAGCAGCAGGUGAAGGAGCUGCAGAACCGCCUGAGCCAGCUGCAGAAGGCCGCCGACCCCUGGGUCCUGAAGCACUCAGACCUGGAGAAGCAGGACAGCAGCUGGAAGGAGGCACGCAGUGAGAAGAUUCACCACAAAGAGGCAGUCUCUGAAGCUGAGCUCAGUGGAACCGGCUUGAAGAGGACCAAAUCUGUUUCUUCCAUGUCCGAAUUUGAAAGUCUGCUGGACUGCUCCCCCUACCUGGCUGGUGGCAGUGACACACGGAGCAAGAAGCUGCCCAACAGCCCUGCCUUCGGCUUCGUGGGCACAGAGCCUGGCGAGCCCAAGAAAGGCACUCAGGAGAAGCCAGGGCUCUCCACCCGGGACUGCAGCCACCUAGGGCCCCUGGCCUGCCAGGACCCCGCGGGUAAGCAGAUGCAACGCAGCUAUACCUGCCCGGACAAGACAGGCAUUCGCGUGUACUACAGCCCCCCGGUGGCUCGGCGCCUGGGCGUCCCUGUGGUUCAUGACAAGGAGGGCAAGAUCCUCAUUGAGCCCGGCUUCCUCUUCACCACGGCCAAGCCCAAGGAGUCAGCCGAGGCGGACGGGCUGGCUGAGAGCUCCUACAGCCGGUGGCUGUGCAACUUCUCACGGCAACGCCUGGAUGCGGGUCCCAGCAGUAGCACUUCCACGGGGGCAGGACCAGGCUUCCCUGCAGCCCUGCAUGACCUGGAGAUGUCUGGCAACAUGAGUGACGACAUGAAGGAGAUCACCAACUGUGUGCGCCAGGCCAUGCGCUCGGGCUCACUGGAGAGGAAGGUGAAGAGUACGUCCAGCCAGACUGGGGGUCUGGCCAGCGUGGGCACACAGACCAUCCGCACAGUCAGCGUAGGCCUGCAGACUGACCUGCCGCGCAGCAGCAGCCUGCACGGCAAGAGCUGGUCUCCACGCAGCUCCUCGUUGGCAUCGGUGCGCAGCAAGCAGCUUUCUUCCUCACUGGACAAGGUGCAUGCACGCAUUGAGCGGCCCUGCUGCUCUCCCAAGUACGGCUCCCCCAAGCUGCAGAGGCGCUCCGUGUCCAAGCUGGACAGCACCAAGGACCGCAGCCUGUGGAACCUGCACCAGAGCAAGCAGAACGGCUCAGCCUGGGCGCGCUCCACCACCACGCGUGACAGCCCUGUGCUGCGCAACAUCAACGACGGGCUGUCCAGCCUCUUCAGUGUGGUGGAGCACUCGGGCAGCACCGAGUCCGUCUGGAAACUGGGCAUGGCCGACGUCCGGGCCAAGCCUGAGCCACCCAAGUACGGCCUCGUGCAGGAGUUCUUCCGAAACGUGUGCGGCCGUGCCCCCAGCCCCACCUCGGCUAUAGGGGAUGAAGGUGGUGGCUCCAAGAAGCCAGAGCUCCUGUCCUCUGCCAGCUACCACCAGGCAGACAGCGUAGCCAGGAUCCUGAACAAGAAGACAGUCAAACCAGGCAGCAGCGAGGAGAGGGCCGCUCCCCUCCCCCUGCUUGGGAAGGACGGUAUCCCCCGGGAAGGUGACACUGCUACAGGCCUUCCCAAUGAGGACGCUGUGUGUGACUGCAGUGCGCAGUCUCUCACCUCCUGUUUUGCCCGGCCUUCUCGCUCCGCCAUCCGUCACUCUCCCUCCAGGUGCAGGCUGCACCCAGCUGAGUCUGGCUGGGGCGGGGAGGAGAGGUCAGCUCCGCCAAGCGAGUGACCAGGCAGCUGAGCUCUCCGCCUCCGCCAGCUCCCCCUACCCCCGCUCCUGGGUGGCAGAAGCAGCAGCAGAGAUGAGGCAGGCAUCUGGGGGCUGUGCCCUCAGCAUGGCCUGACCCUAGAGAGACGGCGGCUGAGCCACUGCCAAGGAACCAUUGUCACAUCAAGGUAACACGUGCUCUUAGCCUCCAGCUUCCCCGGGUAAGACGGCCAGUGGGAAAGAGACCAGAGUGGUUUGAGAAGCAGUCACAUUGCAGGCCUGAGGGAGAGCUUUGCCUGAUUCAACCAUGCCCGCUACUGGAAAGGCCAGCACCUCUAACCGUACCUUUGGGGAACAGGGUCCAUGGGGAAGAACAGGAUUGGUUUGUGGAACUGGGCCAGGCAUCCUUACUGUCACCCCUUCCACCACUUGCUCCUUCUCCUCCCCAACCCUUGCUGCUCUAGGUUGCUGGGACUCAGGGGAUAUGAUAGGGUAGUGAUCCAGGGUCCACGUAUCUUCUUGGAAUCCUGGAGCCCUGGAUUUCUCUGCCCGUGCCGUGAUGCAGCAAACCUGGGUAAGGAGGUAGGAAUGGCAGGGCUCAGGGGUGGGGCAGCUAUAGGAAUCCCCUUCCUUGCCAAGGUGAAUGAGGGGCCCUGGUCUUCCCUGAGGAAAGCCAGUUUGUCUCAAAACCUGGUGCGUUGAUAAAUGCCUACAUACCCACUGCCUUGAUUCCCUGGGCCCUGGAAGGGCACCGCAUUGCCACCGUGUUUACAUCUUGCAGCUGGUGGCAGGCCAAGGAUGCCCAGUUGGCCAGGCCAGGCCCAGCCUGGAAAGAUACACGAGGCUGGUACCCUAGGCCACAGCCAUUGCCUAGGGCUUGGAAACACAUUUCUUGCUAGGUUGUUUAUUUGCAUUUUUCUUCUUAUAUUUAAGGUGGUUUAUUUUAAUAAUUUAAUUUACCCCGGAGUUCCUAAGGUAAUUUAUUGGUGGUUGAAACACAUGUCUUUGUUACUGGGAUAAUGCAGGGCUUCCACAGACAGGAUAUGGAUGAGGCAACUUAACAGCCAGGCUCUGGUCUCCUGGUUGGUUCAGAAGGGGGCUCAUCAACCAGAGCUCCCACCACCACACCUGCAGCUGAUCUUAGGGCAUUGCCUCGUACUCAACAGCCCCCAGCAGGGAGGAGACCCAGGCUGGUGUACUCACUCCCCACAUGUUCUCCAUUUCCCAUCUGGUUUUCCUCCCUCCCUCUCACACCUUCCCUUUGUCACAAUGGUAUGACAUGGAUCAGUAAGACUCCAUCAAGGGCCUGGAGGGUUCUCUCCAUUUCCCGGCAAGAACUCAGCAGGAAAAUGGGACUGAACAUCAAGAAUGUUGUUUACUGCAGCUUUGCACACGAGUCUGAACGUCCACCAUCUGCCUCGCUUCUCUUCUGCCUGCCAGCCUCUUCACCAGCUUCUCCUCUUGGUCUUGUGGCCUCCCACAGCUUCCUACCCUUGCCCCUAUCCCGCUGGUGCUGCCUAAGCCUUCAAAAGGACUACAGCAUGGCUCAUGGCACUGGGACCAGUGAGCCAUUGGUCAUCACCCAGCCAAUACCCACACAGACGUGCAGCUGGGGACCAGCUACUUGUCUGCAGGGUUUUCAGGGGCUUUGUCAGUUUGCCACCGGGACUCAGAAGACACUUCUACACUUCCCCCUUCCACCUGCCAGUUCCAAGCCUCACCUUUUUGGGGUCACCUGCUACCCAGAGUCCUCCAUUUCCAUUCUGCAUUAAUAGCACACCAGAGGCCUGCCAGACUAUCAGCUGCGUCCUCAUACCCUGGUGACUUAGGGGGCUCAGCAGGCCAACCCAUGGAGUCAUGGGUCAGGUCCCUUCUGGGGCAAUGCUGCUCUCAUCCAUGCGGUCAAGGAGGUCCCUCCAUGUCACCUUCACGUGAGGGAUUUACCCCAAGCCACAAGCCGCCGGAAGCCUUCUGCCAACUCUUAGAGCCACGAGGUCCGGGGAGCAUCCACGGUCAGCCCUGGGCAGAAAUCCUCCUGAGCCUGAACCCCGUGGCUCGGGAACCACUCAGCCUUACCAUCGUCCUCGUGUGGGGUCAUCCUGCAGUCUUUGUCUCAGUUCCAGCCUCCCAGUCCCCAGCCUGUGCCCGUGCAGAGCCAGGUCUGGUCUGCACUUCCUGUUCACCGCUGGGCCAGGCCAUGCCUCACACUCCUGCAGAAGCCUCUGGCUGGGGACUUCUCGGGAAUGACGACCAUGUUCCAUGUAAAUAUUGGUUUGGUUUGGUUUUUUAGCUUUUUACUUGGAAACUGGUUGUGUUUUUCUUUUUAGGGGUGGGGGAGGGUUGGUUUGUAAAAAGUCUACUCUUUUGGAAUGUAAUUUCUUAAUUUGUUUGUCUCUUCCACUGCCUUUUAAGUCUUGGUAACAUUCCCAAAGCAGAAAACUGCCUGACCCGUGGUGGGGCUUGCCCUGGAGGACUGGGGUCCUGGGAAGGAACGCUGCCCUCCCUCCUCUCUUCCCCUUUCUGUUCAUCCUCCACCUUUUCCUGCCAGCCCCUCUGGCUCCUCCCUCAGAUACUUUUCCUCUCUCCUUCCUCCUCCUCCAAUUUCCGCUGAGUUCAACCAACAUCCCAAGGAGCCCUGGGGUCCCAGUUCCCUACAGACCACUUGGUUUGGAUGCAUGUAGUCGGCACCAGUUAAUUGGAAAGAAAAGGGGGACCGAUUGGCAUAGCUGACCCUCCACUGGGAAGCCUCAUGUGUCUCAUGUUUAACUUCUUCCCAGAGCCAAGUUAGAACCCUCCUGGGGACAGCAAUGACUGCACCUGACACGAAGAUCCCACCCUCAGCUGUAAGGCCUGUAUGCACAGGACAUUAGAGUCCAGUUCCUUCCUCUCAGUUCCUUCCUACCCCGACCCAGCCCUUGUCCUUCCCAGGAACACUCCCUUACCAGCUCACUUCCUAGGUGAGAGCAUUGAGGGCCCAAGGACUUGACCCUUGUACACCCUGGUGCCAGCAUGCCUCUACCAUGCCCAUGCCCAUAUUCUUCCCCUGCUUUCAUCACUGACAGUAUCUGACUCUUCUUACCCUUGUCACCACAACCCUCUCCAUCACCCCCACCCCAACCCCUCUCCAAACUCCUACUAUCUUUUUGCUAACAAAAAUCCCCUGUACAUCUUACCUAGAACAUUUACUGUUUAGAAAUCACCUCCUCUUCCUACUUCCCCUUCAGAUCUCUCAGCAACACCUCUGCGAGGCAACCUUGGCAGGACAGUGGUUGACACUCCCAUUUUGCAUAGGAGGAAAAUACUCAACUAUGGAGUCAGAGUAGAGCUCAGAACUUGUUUCUGCAGUUUCCCCCAGCCCAAUUCUAUCUUGUUUUACUGUGCCACUGCCUCACUUGGGGCUUUCUGUGGGCACAGGAUGCCCAGAACAUGGUACCACCCAACUGAGACAUAAGGCAAGCCCACCCCAAGUCACUGCACCUGUGUGUUCCAGAGAGCGGUCGAAAGACCACUUGCAUGGUAGUCCUCUGAGGAC